CUGCUUCUUCCCCGUCUCACUCCUCCGCCGGCCCCUCAACCAGGCCUUUAGCUCGCCCCCGAGAUGAUCGGCAAGCUGAAGCAGAACUUACUAGUGGCCUGCCUGGUCAUCAGCUCCGUCACAGUCUUCUACCUGGGUCGUCACGCCAUGGAGUGCCACCACCGGAUAGAGGAGCGCAGCCCGCUGCUGGUGAGCAGCCUGCGCACCACCCUGCGCACAGGCCAGAACCUCAGCACCCCCUUCAUCUACAAUAAAGACAUGCCUCUAAUAUUUAUCGGUGGCGUCCCUCGCAGCGGCACCACUCUUAUGCGGGCCAUGCUGGACGCUCACCCCGAAGUGCGCUGUGGAGAAGAAACCCGUGUCAUCCCACGCAUUCUGGCCAUGAAGCAGAUGUGGAGCCGCUCCGGCCGGGAGAAAAUGCGGCUAGACGAAGCUGGAGUAACAGACGAAGUCUUGGACUCAGCCAUGCAAGCUUUCUUAUUGGAGAUCAUCGUAAAACAUGGCGAACCGGCCAACUACCUGUGUAAUAAAGACCCAUUUGCUCUUAAAUCACUCACUUACCUGGCUAAGAUCUUUCCCCACGCUAAGUUCAUCCUCAUGAUUCGUGACGGCAGGGCCUCCGUCCACUCCAUGAUCUCCCGUAAAGUCACAAUCGCCGGGUUUGACUUGAGCAGCUACCGGGACUGCCUGACAAAGUGGAACCGGGCCAUAGAGACAAUGUACACUCAGUGCCUGGAGGCAGCGGACAAGUGCCUGCCCAUGCACUACGAACAGCUUGUCCUGCACCCAGAAAAGUGGAUGAGAACGCUUCUAAAAUUCCUGAGCAUUCCUUGGAAUGAUGCAGUUCUACACCACGAGGAGCUCAUUGGGAAAGCAGGAGGCGUUUCGCUCUCCAAGGUAGAGAGAUCUACAGACCAGGUGAUCAAGCCUGUCAAUGUGGAGGCCUUAUCCAAAUGGGUGGGUAAGAUCCCCCCAGAUGUGCUGCGGGACAUGCCUGUCAUCGCGCCCAUGCUGGCCAGACUUGGCUAUGAUCCCCACGCCAACCCUCCCAACUAUGGCCGGCCCGACCCCCUCGUCCUGGAUAACACUAGAAGAGUCUUUAAGGGUGAAUUUCAGCUACCUGAUUUUCUUAAAGAACAAACACAGCUUCAGAAGUCCCCAGAAAAGCCAAACCCAAGUUAGAAGGAGAAGACCAGAGCUUUAUCAAUAGAAGGCUGAGUAGAAGCAGAUGUCAUGGGACCAUGAUGGACUUGCAUCACCCCCGCUAUGCUGGGACCUCCAUGCAUGGAAACACUUACACAAACACACACACACACACACACACAGGCCUCUGGACCCGGACCACUCUUUGGAGGACAGUUUUGGCCUUUGAUGUUGUACUGUAACAAUUGUGGCCUAAGAAUGUCAUUGCUUAAUUUUUUUUUUUUUU